AGCCCGGGAUCGAACCCCAUCCAGGGUUUUAACUACACCCAGCCCUGCUUAGCUUUAAUAUGUCACUGACUACUACCAAUAUGCUAUUGUGAGAAUUAUUAUUGAGAGAUCUCUUAAUAACAAAAUAUAUUCAGUGUUAAUAUCGAAGUCAUUCUAAGGGGUAGGUUUGACAAAGCAAAUGAGUGAGUGAGUCUUUGACAUGAAGACAGUGGUUAGAUUCUGCCAUUGGGACUGCUCUGAUGUUGUUUCCAUUCUCUCCUGGUUAUGACCAUAGAGCCUUGUCCCAGUCUCUAGACCUGCCUGUCUGUGUGAUGGAUGACCACCUGACCUCUGAAGCUGUCAAUGAGAUGGAGCAGAGCAAUUCUACCAGGAGCAGAGCAACCUCAGUGAUGGAAACCACAGAAGAGGGGAAGCUCAACAAUGUGGAACAUCUAACACUUAUGGACUUCCUUCAAAACCUAACUGAGAAGCAAUGGAGGGGGAUUCGUGAGGGCAUGUUUGACCCGCUGACAAAACAACAGCUUGCCGGCUUGUGUCUGAGGAUUGUCCAGUUUUUAUCGGACAAGCUGAUGCAGAUCAUCAUCCCAGGUCUUUACGAACUACUGGGCAUCCAAGAUGCUGCCUCCUCUCCAUUGUCACAGAGAUCUCUCACAGCGUCACUCACCAGUCUGUUAGACGAUAAGACUAACACCAAGUCCCGCGUGAGAUUUACUGAGGCUGGUGUACCUAAGAGGCCAGGCAGUCGAAAGCUUUACAAUAGCUUUCGCAUCCCGACUCCCUACCCUUCCUCCAACUGUAUGGAGCAGGAAGAGGAAGAAGAGCAGGAAUCACAACUUAAGUUUAAGGAGAUUUACCUGACUAAGGGCAGUGGAAGCUACCUGCCCAAGGGGGCCAUGAGGUAUGUUCUUAAAGGGAAAUUUAACAACUUCAUAUUCAUCUCCAGCAUCACCAUAUGUGAAAAUUACACAUUUCUAUGCUUUGUAGUAAAAAAAAUAUAGAGGGACGUAACUGUUUCCAAUAGUGCUGAGAAAUUAGUGCUUUUUGAGGUUGGUUUGGUUUCGAUUCAAAUAUUUAAAAAAGAAUCACGGUUUUGGAUUUCAAUACUUUUUUUAGACAUUGAAUGCACUAUGGAUUAUGUGUGUUGAAUGCUGUAACAACACAUAAUAAAACAAUGAAUAAAAGUCCCAUGAUGGUAGUGACUGUCCAUUACUGUUUAUGACUUAUCAACCAUCAUUUACUUUCUCAUAUAAAAUAUUUAUUUGAUGACUUUAUUAUUUCAUUCCAAGUCAUCAACUCAUCUCUAUAGAGCUGCUGCUUAUCCUGUCUGACAAAAUCACUAUUUUAGUAGUUCUUCAAAUUAAAUAAGACCUACUUUUAUGACCGCUGAACACCGACUGUCAAUCACUUAGAUCAUGUAUUUCCAGGUAGAGAAUCCUUGCAACGCAACUGCUUUUUAUCUCUCUCAUGCAUUCUCUCGUCUCUCCGUCUCAGUCAAUGAGGUUUCCGUAUCUGCUCCACACAGAGUGGACAAGUAAGUGGGCGUGCAAUGGAUUAUGGGCUUUAAUUGCCAUAUUUUCUGUGCUAAACUAUGUAGAAUAUUGGCCUGUUGGAAACUACAACUCCCUACUACAUUGCAUAGUUCGUGCUUGAUCUGAUU